CAGGGAGAGCGCAAAAGAAAGAGUGGGUGAUAGAGGGAGGGAGAGAGAAAAUGCAAGCGGAGUGUGAGGCACAUGGCCAGUGAAUGAGAGAUCUUUGCUUCCUCUCAGUGAUGUCGUGUGAGGAGGCUCAGCUCCACAAAGAGAGGCUGCAGGCCUUGGCGGAGAAGCGAAAACGUCAAACUGAGAUCGAGGACAAACGAGGCCAGCUCGAUGACAUGGUGCUGCAGCUGCAACAUCUCAAGUCCAAAGCCAUGCGAGAGCGAUGGCUCCUCCAGGGAACGGGUCUGGAGGAAGAGAACGUACGGCGAACACAGCUGGAGCAGGAUGAAGAAAAAGGGAAGAGGCUGGAAGGCCUGAUACACAGUCUGGAGUCUGACAUCGUCACACUGGAGAGUGAAGAGUCACUGAUCUCGGCCAAGGAGCAGGUUCUACGAGAACGACUGAAAGAGACGGAGCGCUCGAUAGAAGACCUGCAGAAGAGUCUGAUGGCCCAGGAUGGAGAUGCCACCUGCUGCAUGUCCGCCCCCCUGUCGGACUGCACGGACCCCAGCCCCAGCCACCUCGGCCUGGCCACGCAGCCCCGGAGCGGCCCACCUGCCUCGGGAGAGCACGCCAUACCAAGACCUG